UCAGCGCUUUAACAUACCGCCAAACCGCAGAUCAAAUGUCGGGAAAGGUUCUGUUCGCUAUUACAAUGUAAUAGUGAAUAGGAAUAAGAAAAACAGCUUUACCUAUACAACCGAAGGUAUUUGUAUGACGACAAGACCCUGAAGUGACAAUUCAUCGUCAAUAAUUCUCAGACCAUGAACUACGUGGGCCAGUUGGCAGGCCAGGUGUUUGUGCAGGUGAAGGAGCUGUACCGGGGCCUGAACCCGGCCACCCUGUCGGGCUGCAUCGAUGUCAUCGUGGUGCGUCAGCCUGACGGCACCCUCCAGUGCUCGCCCUUCCACGUUCGCUUCGGCAAGAUGGGCGUGCUGCGCUCCCGUGAGAAAGUGGUGGACAUAGAGAUCAAUGGAGAGCCUGUGAGUCUACAAAUGAAGCUGGGGGAGAACGGAGAGGCCUUUUUCGUCAAGGAGACAGAGAACACACUGGAAGGGAUUCCGUCCUACCUGGCAACAUCACCUAUUGUGUCCCAGGGGGCGGAGCUAAUGGAAGCCCAGCUGGGGAAGGGCAUGUCUCGCCUCUCUGACCCCACCUCGCUCUCGGUCCUGAGCUCCCAGCAGACCAUAGGAGGAGGAGGAGGGAUGAUGAUGAAGAAGAGGAGGAAGAGGAGGAAGAAGCCGCGGGAGAGCGGAGGAGGGAGGCGGGAGGAGAGUGGGGAGCACUCAGAGGAUGAGGACAUGUUCACCAUCGAUAUGAGCACUGAUGAGGAGCAAGAGCACGAUAACAACGCCAGCAGGGCCUCUACUCCAGAGCUCUAUGAAGAGCAGGGGCCUAAGGCCAGUGUGUUGAGCAGCACCUACACCCAGAACACAACAUACACACGCCCUGACGCAGACUGGGCACACUCGCAGAGUCCUCUGAUAGAACAUACUCUGUCUAUCCCUCCUAGCGGUGGUCUGUCCAUCUCCUGUCCACAGCAGACCUCUCUCUUCCCUUCUCCUAUCAGCCCAGGCGGCUCCAGCCCCUCCACUCCAAAGAGUGACUCAGAGCUGACCAAUCAGAGCAAAGACAACCCUGAGAUGAUGUGGGCCUGGGGAGAGCUGCCACAAGCUGCCAAGCCCUCCUUCUUCCCUCCGUUCCAGAUGCAAGAUUCUUUGAUGAUGUCCCCUGUCACCAUCCCUGUGUGUGACAGCACACACUUCAGAACCAUCACUGGAGACGGUGGCCCCUCUGAUCAGAUCCAGUCCCAGAGCCAAAAAGACAGCGGCCCCCCGUCCCUCACCCUGUACGUUCCCCAGCCCGAGGACAACAUGGCUGGGGCCAGGUCUGGGGCCGGGUCUGGAGUCGGGUCUGGGGCCGGGUCUUGGCCUGGAGGAGACAUGGAGGCAGUAUGGGCAGCCUGUAGAGAGGUGGAGGGACUGGUGGCCUCCAGGAUGCUGUCAGAACUGGAUGAGGGGGGCCAUAGGGACAACACGGUCAGACACACAGACUCCCCAUCUAAGAGGAAAGACAAGAGGAGCCACCACCUGGGCUCUGAUGGAAUCUACCUGGAUGACAUCACUGAGCUGGAGCCAGAUGUGGCCGCUCUCUACUUCCCCAAAAGUGACGGGGGUGGUUCGGUGAGAGGAGGCUUGGAAACGGGAGUGCGGAGUGCCAACCAAUCCCCUCAGUCGGUGGGCAGCAGUGGGAUGGACAGCGGCGUGGACAGCUACUCUGACCAGCUGGGAGACAUGCCCAACAUCGCCAUCUCCCUUUGUGGAGGUCUCACUGACAACAGAGAGAUCACAAGAGAACAGUUUGAGGAGAGAGCCAUCUCUUACCAGCAGUUCACUGAGAACCCCUCCAUCAUUGACGAUCCCAACCUGGUGGUCAAGAUAGGAACCAAGUACUAUAACUGGACCACUGCAGCCCCUCUGAUGCUGGCUAUGCAGGUGUAUCAGAAGCCCCUGCCAAUGGCCUCAGUGGAGAACAUCAUGAAGGAGAAGAUGCCCAAGAAAGGAGGCCGCUGGUGGUUCUCAUGGCGCAGCAGGAACAGCGACUCCAAAUCGGACUCAGUGUCUGAGACAGGAGUUGGAGAUGAGGGUGAGACCUCUCUCAGCAUGGCUUCAGUCAACGGAAUGAAGGAGGAGUCUUCCUCCAGCGAUGAGGACCACAAAUUGUCCAAUCAGGGCUCGGAAUCCUGCAAGGCCGAGCCCCUUCUCACACCCGGUAGUGUGUGCUACAGGAAGACCCUCAGACUGACCCCAGAGCAGCUGGCCAGUCUGCAGUUGAAGGUGGGUCCUAAUGAGGUGGUGUUCAGUGUGACCACUCAGUACCAGGGCACCUGCCGCUGCCAGGGCACCAUCUACCUCUGGAGCUGGGACGACAAGAUCAUCAUCUCAGACAUUGACGGCACCAUCACCAGGUCGGACACCCUGGGCCACAUUCUUCCCACGCUGGGUAAAGACUGGACCCAUCAGGGCAUUGCCCGCCUCUACCACCGAGUCAGCCAGAAUGGUUAUAAGUUUAUGUACUGCUCAGCGAGGGCCAUAGGUAUGGCUGAUAUGACAAGAGGGUAUCUACACUGGGUCAACGAGAGAGGAACCAUGCUGCCUAUUGGACCUGUCCUACUCAGCCCCAGCAGUCUGUUCUCAGCUCUGCACAGGGAGGUGAUAGAGAAGAAGCCUGAGCGGUUUAAGAUCCAGUGUCUGACCGACAUCAAGCAGCUGUUCUACCCCAACACUGAGCCUUUCUACGCAGCCUUUGGCAACAGAGCCACGGAUGUGUAUUCCUAUAAGGAGGUGGGCGUUCCCCUAAACAGGAUCUUCACAGUCAACCCCAAGGGAGAGCUGAUACAGGAACACGCUAAGACCAACAUCUCAUCGUAUGGUGGUCUGUGUGAGGUGGUGGACCACGUCUUUCCCCUGUUGAUCAGAGGCCACGUCUCUGACGUCUCCUGCCCUGACACCUUCAGCCAGUUCACCUACUGGAGAGAACAGCUGCCCCAGGUCCACAUCCCUGACCAGGUCCACAUCCCUGACCAGGUCCACAGCCCUGACCAGGUCCACAUCCCUGACCAGGUCCACAGCCCUGACCAGGUCCCCAGCCCAGACCACCCACAGGUCCACAGCCCCGACCAGCCCCAAGUCCACAGCGCCGACCAGCCCCUGGACAACAGCUGAGGAGACCCCACACCACAUCAGACCACCCCAGGAGUGAGCUGUGUGCAAUCACGGACGGGAAGGGAGAGACAUGCUCAAACUCAUGAUGAUGCAGGCAUGCAAAUGCAAGAAGCAUGUAUCUGCUCUAAUGCCACACAGCUAUGCAUAGGCAGACCUUGCACUAGUGAAAGUGUACUUGCUACAACAACAGGCAUGUUAGCACUGAGUGGUAUUUAUAUGUAGUCAUCAUUUAUAUUUAUGUUUUACUCUUCAGUGUUGUUUUCUCUGCAUUACCUAGCCUAGUCAUACACGGCCCACUGUUCAUCAGGUGAAAUAGGUACAAUACCUAGCCUAGUCAUACACGGCCCACUGUUCAUCAGGUGAAAUAGGUACAAUACCUAGCCUAGUCAUACACGGCCCACUGUUCAUCAGGUGAAAUAGGUACAAUACCUAGCCUAGUCAUACACGGCCCACUGUUCAUCAGGUGAAAUAGGUACAAUACCUAGCCUAGUCAUACAGAGGCUACUGUUCAUCAGGUGAAAUAGGUACAAUACCUAGCCUAGUCAUACAGAGCCUACUGUUCAUCAGGUGAAAUAAGUACAAUACCUAGCCUAGUCAUACAGAGCCCACUGUUCAUCAGGUGAAAUAAGUACAAUACCUAGCCUAGUCAUACAGAGCCUACUGUUCAUCAGGUGAAAUAAGUACAAUACCUAGCCUAGUCAUACAGAGCCUACUGUUCAUCAGGUGAAAUAAGUACAAUACCUAGCCUAGUCAUACACGGCCCACUGUUCAUCAGGUGAAAUAGGUACAAUACCUAGCCUAGUCAUACACGGCCCACUGUUCAUCAGGUGAAAUAGGUACAAUACCUAGCCUAGUCAUACAGAGCCUACUGUUCAUCAGGUGAAAUAAGUACAAUACCUAGCCUAGUCAUACAGAGCCCACUGUUCAUCAGGUGAAAUAAGUACAAUACCUAGCCUAGUCAUACAGAGCCUACUGUUCAUCAGGUGAAAUAAGUACAAUACCUAGCCUAGUCAUACAGAGCCUACUGUUCAUCAGGUGAAAUAGGUACAAUACCUAGCCUAGUCAUACAGAGCCUACUGUUCAUCAGGUGAAAUAAGUACAAUGCCUAGCCUAGUCAUACAGAGCCUACUGCUCAUCAGGUGAAAUAGGUACAAUACCUAGCCUAGUCAUACAGAGCCUACUGUUCAUCAGGUGAAAUAGGUACAAUACCUAGCCUAGUCAUACAGAGCCUACUGUUCAUCAGGUGAAAUAAGUACAAUACCUAGCCUAGUCAUACAGAGCCUACUGUUCAUCAGGUGAAAUACAGUGCCUUGCAAAAGUAUUCACCCCCUUGGCGUUUUUCCUAUUUUGUUGCAUUACAACCUGUAAUUUA